GGUGUGAAUCGACAGGUGCUGUGGAGACCGGAAUAUGGCGGCUAUCAGAUUGAGGCCACACCGGGACAGCCAUAUGGACACAAUAACGAAGGAAAUGGCGAUUAUUUUAUGCAUAAUCUGUUUAAUACAGUAGAGGAAAAUAUGAAACUACGGCGCCGGGAGAUGUAUGAACUGCUCGAUGAGGAUGAGGCGCUUAUUUGUAUGACAAAUUAUCCCAGAUUAGGCAACGAAGACAUAAGUGUCCCCUUCUGUAGAGCCGAUCCCCUGAACAGCACAACCGGCAGUAUAUUCGCAUCGGACGGACUCACAUAUACAGGUCAUCCCCGGUAUAUAAAGACGGGUCAGAAUAUUGUUGAGCGCAGGGGUCGUAAAACAGUGGCCAAUGUUCCCAUUUUUAAAGAUACCAAAACUCCCGACCCUUUCAUUGAGAUAUUCAAUGAUAAGGAGUCGAGUAGAGCGGCGAAAGUGGAUCACAUCUAUUUGGACGCCGGCGUGUUUGGGAUGGGUAUGUGUUGUCUACAGGUAACACUUCAGGCUACAAAUGUUAAUGAAGCGAUGGUGUUGAAUGACCAGUUGGCACCGUUAGCACCCAUUAUGAUGGCAUUGAGUGCCGCUACACCUAUUUUCCGGGGAUAUUUAUCGGACAGGGAUUGUCGGUGGGAAGUCCUAUCAAAUAUAAUGGACGACCGGACACUUGAAGAGUCGGGAGAAAAACCACUUAAACAUAAUAAAUACAGAAUUCAUAAAUCACGAUACGCUCCCAUUAAUACAUAUUUGUGUGAAUCUAAUGCUAAAUAUAACGAUAAUCCUAUUGUGUAUAACAAGGAGUAUUACGAUGAGAUGAUUAACGCUGGAGUCCCACAACCUCUGGCCCAACACAUCGCAUACCUAUUCAUAAGAGACCCGACGAUUACAUAUCGCGAGAAAUUG